CAGCUUUCGUAUCAUCAUAAAGCAACGCAGCUCCUGUCAAACAAUUUUCGACGUGAGAUCCAUCGUUAGCUAGUGGUCCUGUUUUUGCCAAGUAUUUACAUGAGCAAAGUUUGUGUUUAAGCAACAACUGGCCUUUAAAAGGUUGAAAAAGCCUUCGUGCUGUGAAAAAUAUCAACGUAGCGGUAGAAACGUGUUGAACGGUCCCUUCAACAAACACGCGACGAGGAGUAACCAUCACCUUUAUAGACGGAGUUUUUCUUUGCGUGAAUAAACAUACACAACACCGUUUGCAAGGGCGAGUCGGUUCCAACAACGGUGUUAUAGCAACUGUGGAACUGCUGCUUGUGUGAUCAUCGACGACAAGCCAUCCAUUUUUUGACAACCUGCAAUAUGGCGUCCAGCAUCGGAUCCGUGUCUACCGGAACGAAAAAAACAUCAACGACGGCAACCGGCCAAACAGCGCCUGCUGGCAGAAAAAAAUCCGGUCCUAAAUUUGAGCUCUCCGAUGAACAAAGACAGGAUAUCAAGGAAGCGUUCGAUUUGUUUGACUCCGAAGGAACCGGGAUGAUUGAUACGAAAGAACUGAAGGUCGCAAUCCGAGCACUGGGCUUCGAGCCGAAAAAGGAAGAGAUAAAAAAAAUGAUUGCGGAAAUCGAUAAAGAUGGCACUGGGAAAAUUUCGUUCGAAGACUUCCUCUCACUGAUGACGGUGAAGAUGGCCGAAAAGGACUCAAAGGAGGAAAUUUUGAAAGCUUUCCGGUUGUUCGACGAUGACGAGACUGGUACGAUUUCCUUCAAGAAUCUCAAACGGGUCGCCAAGGAGCUGGGCGAAAACUUAACCGACGAAGAACUGCAAGAGAUGAUAGACGAAGCGGACCGCGAUGGCGACGGAGAAGUCAACCAGGAGGAGUUUUUGAGGAUUAUGAAGAAAACUAGCCUGUACUAGUGCGCAAGAUGGUAGUGUUUAGUCUAAAUAAUGUACCUUUUAAUAGUAAGCGGCUAUUAGAGAUAUGCGAAACCAUUUGAAAACCAAACGCUGAUAAGUUAUGCUAUACAUUUUACUGCACUGUCGGUACGCAACAAUAAACCAGUGAUGCACUGUUCUAUAAUAAAAAAGCCUAAUAUAUUUCAAACACCGAAAAUUGCAGAGCUCGUGGAAGCUUCCGAAGUUUAUUGAAGAUGUUCAAUGUUGAAAUCAAUAACUGUCAUCUAGAUA